AUGGCGCGCCUCCAGUUCCGUGACGGACAGGCGCGGCGGCGAGCAGGAAGAAAGGCGAGCGCGGAGCUGCUGGCUCUGCGGGGUAGGUCGGGCUCUUUGGAGGGGGCCGUCCGUGUGCCUGGGGUCAUGGCCCUGAGCAGGAGGGAAGUGUUCAUAGGGAAAGUACUGAAACGACUCUAUGCUGAAACUACAUCUUCUCUUUCACAUACUUCAAGUAGAGAAGAGGAGGUGGUUCUCGGAGAUUUGGGCUCAAAAUCUGAAGAAAAGAAUUUGGAUAAUGUUCAGACUUCAUCAGCAGAUGCUAGCACAUCCUCUGAUACACCCUGCAAAUCAUUUCAAGGUAGUGACAAUACAAUUCUGUCUCCAAGGAGAAUGUACACGGUGAAUCUUCCUCCGGAGGGUUAUGUUGCAGUUACUCCAGAUGCUAUUACUGCUUCGGUUUCUGAAAACUCAGACAGUAGUGCUGACUCAACAGAGGAGGAAUAUCAAGGACAAACCAAGAGAAAGCGCAUUCGAAAGAAGAAGCAAAAGAACAGUUUGCAAAACUCUGAUAAUUUACAUGGAGACCAAACAGAAUCUGGAAUGCAAGAGACUCUUGUUCAAGAUAAUUUGCAGCUGCAGCAGGCAGAGAGUCCCAAAAUAAGCAAAAACAGAAAGAGAAAAAUGAAAAAGAAGCGACAGAAAGAAAAAAUGAGAGCAGCUGGCUUGGUAUCAAAAACUACCGGUGUGCAUUUUACAUAUCAGCCUGACAAAAACAACAGAGAAGAAGCAGCAGGCUUAAAAGACAUAGAUGAAAAGGCAGAUAGCAUUCUGGACUUCCUGCAGGCAACACAACAAAUUUAUUUUGCUGACAAGAAAUCAAACGGCACAGAUUCUGCUGUAAAUUCAGCAACUGCCCAAGAGCUUUUACAAUAUCUUGAAUCUCGCACCAUCUCUUCCUCAGAUGUGACUCUUCUGUAUCAGCUGAAAUCCCUUGUAUUGCUGCAGGAUAUCGAGAGAUUGAAGGAUGCUUUGAAACAAUUCCAAGAACAAUCCAUGAUGCCUCCUGGGGCUGAAAUUCUACGAAGACUCAGAAAUCAUGGUUAUUCCUCUCCGGAGAAUGACACCUGGGUAUAUAAGGUUGUUGCAGACUCAAGCUGCAGGAAAAAUUGUUACCAACUCCUCCGACACACUGCUGCAACGGACAGCGUUGCUGUUGGGAAUGUUUGGGAUCAGUAUAUCCAGCUACAGCACACACCAGCUAACUCAAAAGACAAGACUUCCCUUGACCCUUUCAGCUGCGUUGGGAUGUGACCCAAGAAGUAAAGGCUGAUGUCAGUAGUGCUG